GGAUUAGGAUUUGGUUCUUUCUCUUAGCCUAUGUCUCUUGAGGAAGCUUAGUGAUUCGGCAGUUUUGUUUCUUUGUGAUUACUCGAUAAAUAAUAUUCCAUUCUAUUAGUUUUGUACAUUAGGGUUUCCUGAUAUUAUUCUUACUUAUUGUUUGAGAAGAAUUGAAAGCAGUGAAAAAACAUGUCAUCAAAAUUAGAAGAAUUAAAGUCAGAUGUUGAGGAGCUGAACAAGUUACUAUCUCAGUCAACAAGACAAAAAUGCAAGGACAUUUUAACCUUAGAAAUAAGAAAAGUCCAGACUGAAAUAUCAAGACUACAAGAGCAAAUUGGUAGCAGUGGAGAGAGUAUAAAACCUACCUCUGUAGUUCCACAGCAGUCUAGGUGCUAUGAGGUUAAACUUAAUAAUUACGCUUGGGAUCAGUCAGAUAAAUUUGUGAAGAUCUUUGUCACACUGAAGAAUGUCCAUACAUUACCUGCAGAAAAUGUAUAUACCGUCUUUACAGAGAACUCCAUGGAACUGCACAUGAACAAGCUGGACAACCGCAACUACACUCUGCCUCUCAAGAAUCUCCUGGAGAAGAUCGACGGCAGCAAAAGUAGCUGGAAGGUCAAGACAGACAUGGUGGUGGUCUCACUAGCAAAAGAGGAAACUGGUAAAACCUGGUCUCACUUGACUUCGUCUGAGAAGAAAGCCAAGGAGCCUAAGCCUACUCCCAAGCUGAGUGACAACGCUGACCCCUCUGCUGGACUCAUGGAUCUCAUGAAGCAGAUGUAUGAAGAUGGAGAUGAUGACAUGAAGCGGUCAAUUGCCAAAGCGUGGACAGAAAGUCGAAACAAUUCUGGAAUGCCCAGUUUUUUAGAGAGGCAUAUAGUACUCAGAAAAUGAACGACUCAUUGUGAGGUUCUUACUCCAUUAUAAAGAUUCAUGCGAAGGCUCUCGCCCAUCUGAGAAAUUCCAUAACCUUAGAAAAUAGUCUUGUAUAGUAUAAGAUUAUUGUUGUUUUAUAUGUAUUCCUAUUGCAUGUAGAGUUAAACAAUGUUUUGUAAUUUUUUAAUUUGUUGUUGAAUUUAUUAACAGGAUCUCAAUAACUUGGUUUAUUUAAGUCUGAAAUAUAACUGUAAUAUAAAAGAAAGUUACUCUUUUUUUAACAAUUGGUGGAAAUAAUGUUUUCAACUAAUGACUGUAACAGGAUCUUUUGAAGAGUCUUCCACAUUAUUUAUGUAAGCGUCAGAACAGAAGUUUCUAAGCAAAAUCUUUAUAUGAAUGUAUGAAAUUAAAAUGAUGUUCUAUUGAAUAGGCUGAAUAUUUGUUUGUUAAACAUUCAACUUAUAAAUUUAGGUUGUUGUACUUAAAAACUAAUUAAAUUACAAUUUAUUUUGUGUUUCUGUACGAAAUUAAUAAAUAUUUCAAUACAUUUUUA